CAAAGUCGAAGCCUAAAUCCCUUCUAUGCAGGUUUUAAUUCGGCGACCGCCGUGGCCGAAAGCUUCUGCCGUUGACGGCGACGAUGAUGCUGAGAUGCUGCUCCAGGCUUCGGUGUCUAGCUCUUCAUUCUCGCCAAGCUCUUGCUUCAACAUCUUCCCGUCGUCUGCUUCACUACGCCCCGCAUCCUCUCCUGUUUUCUUCCUGUAAUCGGCUUCCUUCUCCCCUCUUCAAUGCCUCUUCGUCAUGCCCUCCCACAUUGGCUUCUCACGCCUUUCGCUCUUCUCCUUUACCUCUCUCUUUGGUUCAAGUUCGACACGUUUCUUCAAGAGAGCGGAAGAAGAGAAGAAAACCAAUGACUCCGGUCACUUCCAAGAUUAAGAAAUUCAAGAUGAAAUUUUACUCGUCUUACAAAUCCAGGUUCAGAACAUUGAAUGAUGGGACAAUCAGGCGCUGGAAGGAGGGCAAGCGACACAAUGCUCAUUUGAAGGCCAAUUGCAUGCACACAUUAACCUUCCUAAGGAUCAUGUUUUGCACUUCUUUGUGAUGAAAAGAUAGGAGAGGAAGAGUAAGGGAGGGAUGGAUAUUGAUAAUGUUUCCUAAAUAUAGGCUUAGCGAUUGUGGUGCAUGACUCUCCCCAACUACUUGUAAUAAACAAAUGAAGCCAUGUAUUCAAAGAUAAUGACUAAAUACUGUUUUUGCAAUUUACUACAACUUAUGGUCGCGUGUAAUCUGGCUUUCAUCAUUGAUAGGUUAUAGCUGAAUUUGAAUCUCCUUAGGAUGCUCCUUUAUAAACUUUGCGGGCGCAUUAAUAUGUACAGGCCGUUGAGAAAAACUGAAGUGCUAUUGGCUUCAUUGAGGACUUGUUUUGGUGUUUGCCGUUACUAUGACGUGGUUUUAUUUUAAUUUAUUACUAAGAAGAUGGAUAAUCUAAAAUGCCAAUUAGUUGUAUUCGUUGUGUUUGUGGCAUGACUGCUUUGACAUGGAUGCUAUGGGCCGAAUUAUGCAUAGCACAUGGUUAUAACAUAUUCUUUUGACUAUUUCAUGCUAGCAAAGUAGCUUGCAUGGGUUGUAGCUACAUUGUGAGGCCUUUCUUCGGAUAGGUGGCCUUACAUGUGUGCGCAUGGUUUUGGAUUAUGAAAAGAUGGUUUGGUGUAUGCUUAGGCCCUGUGUUAACAUCUGUUGCAAAAGCAGUACAAAGUAAGAAUUUGAAAUGGUAAUUGAAUGUCUACUCUAAUUAAUUCUGGC